AUGUCGUUGCAGGCGCUCUUGAACGCGAUCCUGGGGUUGCUAGCCCUCUACAUCACAGGGGUAUGGGUGAAACGAAGGAGAGCCUUGGGGCCACUGCCCCCAGGUCCACCACCCAGGCCCAUCGUGGGCAAUAUCGCCGACUUGCCGCCUCCAGGGGUGCAAGACUGGAUGCAUUGGCUGAAGCAUAAAGAUCUAUAUGGGCCUAUCAGUUCUGUGACGGUAAUGGGUCAGACGAUCGUGAUCCUAAAUGACAUAGAGACUGCGUCGGAGCUCUUGCGCAAACGCGCCUCAAUAUACUCGUCACGGCCGCAUAUGGUGUUCGCAUCCGAAAUGGUGGGAUGGGGCCAUGCAUUAUCCAUGCAGCCGUAUACCGACCGUUUCAGAGCAUACCGGAAGCUGAUGAAACCUUACUUUGGCUCGGAGAAAGUCGCUGCGCAAUAUAUUCCGCUGCAGGAGGUGGAAGCCCAUCGCCUGUUGUGGCGGAUUCUGAAGGACCAAGGAAACCUGACGCAACACAUCCAGACUGAGGCCGGAGCGGUCAUCCUCAAAAUAACAUAUGGUUAUAGAGUUGAACCGCACAAGGAAGACCUGCUGGUGAACCUUGUUAAUGUAGCUCUUGAGCAAUUUGGACAUGCCGCGACACCAGGUACUUGGCUUGUAGACAUAAUACCGGCACUAAAAUACGUCCCAUCCUGGUUCCCAGGCGCUGGCUUCAAGCGUACGGCACAAGAGUUCAGGAAAAACCUUGAAGAAGUUGCGAAAAAGCCCUACGCCCUCGUCCAGCAACGGAUCAAAGACGGCAGGUACAAGCCAUCAUUUCUCUCGGAUACACUUAAAUUAAAUGGAAUACCACCCUCCGGGUCCGAGGAGGAAUUGGUUGCCAGAUGGACAACAGCAUCACUUUAUGGCGCGGGCGCUGACACUACCGUGUCUUCAGUUGGAACCUUCUUCCUCGCAAUGGCGUUGUACCCGGAAGUUCAGAAGAUGGCCCAGGAUGAGAUUGACCGAGUUAUCGGCCCUGGUCGACUCCCCACGGCGGCAGACCGCGAUCGCCUACCUUAUGUCAAUGCGAUGGUCAAGGAAAUUUUCCGCUGGCAUCCUGUAGUACCAAUGGGGAUUCCCCAUAUGUCGACGGCUGACGACAUCUACGAGGGAUACUAUAUACCCAAAGGCUCUCUUAUCCUACCGAAUAUCUGGGGUAUGAUGCACGAUCCCGCAUUGUAUCACGAUCCUAUGGCAUUCAAGCCAGAACGCUUCUUGGAGAUCGAUGGCCGCACCCCCGACACAGAUCCGCACAGCUUCGUAUUUGGCUUUGGGCGUCGUGUCUGUCCUGGUCGAAUCUUGGCUGAUAGUACAGUAUGGCUCAGUGUUGCAAAGUCUCUUGCAGUGUUCAAGAUCAGUAAGCCCAUCGAAAAUGGCGUCGAGGUGGAUAUCAAACCCGAGUUCCAGCCUGGGGUGAUCAGCCACCCGGUUCCAUGCAAGCUGCAGAUUACGCCUCGGAGUGCCGCGCAUGAAGAGUUGAUAUUAGCGGUGGAGCAAGAGCACCCUUGGGAGCAAGGUGACGGGUCCGAGUUGCAGAAGAUCCGGUGUUAA